GUUUAUAAGCGAUCAUAACAGAGAGGGUUGGGCGUUGCCCAAGACGCUGGACAAGAUCGAAAUGGAAAUUGUUUAAACUAGUGACUCAGCAGCAGCCAAUGUUUUUCAGCAAUCGCGUUUGGAGGUGUCUCUGUCUCUGAAUUAAUUAGCAACGCACAAACAACACACAAUGUCAUCCGCCGCCGUUCAGCCCCCGCCACCCGUGCCCCAGCCCCCACCACCACCGCCAGCGUCCACGGCGGCAGCCUCGGCGGGAAAGGGUCUCCACUCUAAGCUUUACAAUGGGAUGAUUGGAGCGGCCGACAAAUUUGUGCCCGCCAAGCUGCGACCACUGUGGAUGCAUCCAGCUGGUCCCAAGACGAUCUUCUUCUGGGCGCCCGUCUUCAAAUGGGGCCUCGUUGUUGCCGGCCUUAGUGAUCUGGCCCGUCCGGCCGAUUCAAUCUCCGUGUCCGGAUGCGCCGCUCUGGCCGCCACUGGCAUCAUCUGGUCCCGCUACUCCCUGGUGAUCAUACCCAAGAACUACAGCCUGUUCGCCGUGAAUCUCUUCGUGGGCAUCACCCAGGUGGUGCAGCUGGGCAGGGCCUACCAAUACCAACAGGAGCAGGAGAAGCUAAAGAAGGAGCAGGAACUCAAACCAGUGGCACAGAAGUAGAGGCAUAUCAUCGAAUCGAAUACCGGUGCUGUCCCCCUUAACCUACAUAGACUUAGAUCGAAAUGAUGUAUAUACAGAUCCCACACCGCACAACGUAAACGAAAGGAUUAGGAUGGAGGAGGAGCUGUGUUCGCAGAUCGGGUAUUUGCGUUUUACAAACUGUUGACCAUUAUUAUUUAUGGUUUUUACCGCCUUAUCGACGUGAUUCGUAUUACUUAAGUUUGGAUAUGUGGAGGCUUUUGCGUAUAUAGUUUUAUGGAUACGAGCAUUAUUGGACAUUUUGUGAUUGUCAACAAAAAUAAAUCGAUAUAUUGUAAGACUGUAGCCAGUAAAGAAAGUGAAUGUA